GUUAUCAUUACACAACAGUUAUGAACGGCUAAAUACUAAAUAGUAAAUAGUAAACAUUUUCAACAAUCAAAUGUUAUUCAAGAGUUUACUUUACACGUAAUCUGUUUUUAAUUUUAAAAUUCUCAUGAAUCAAAAUCCAUAAGCCAAGUACUUAUUUGCUUAACCACCUAUUUAUGCUGAAUAACUAUUGAUAUCAAAUUCGUGCAAUGGCCAAAACAAUUUUAGUUACUGGUGGAUCGGGACUAGUGGGCAGCGCUAUUAGAACAAUUGUUGAGACCCAAAACGAAGCAUUACCUGAUGAAAAAUGGAUAUUUACUAAUUCAAAAGAAGCAGAUCUCAAUGAUGUUCAAGCGACAAAAGAUUUAUUUGAAAAAUACAAACCUACACAUGUCAUACACUUGGCGGCUAUGGUUGGUGGUCUAUUUCAUAAUAUGAACAACAAUUUGGACUUUUUGCGCAAAAAUAUACAUAUAAACGAUAAUGUACUAGAAACCAGUUUUCAUUACAAUGUAAAAAAAGUAGUUUCAUGUCUAUCUACUUGUAUUUUUCCAGACAAAACAUCAUAUCCAAUAAAUGAAACUAUGAUUCAUAAUGGACCUCCUCAUCCAUCUAAUUUUGGUUAUAGUUAUGCCAAGCGACUGUUAGAUGUCGCAAAUAGAGCAUACUAUGAAAAACAUGGAGUAAUAUAUACUUCUGUUGUUCCAUGUAAUGUGUUUGGACCACAUGACAAUUUUGACUUACAAAAUGCCCACGUGGUUCCAGCUCUCAUUCAUCGACUCCACAUAGCUAUAGAAAAUGGACAUGAUAAAUUUGUAGUACUGGGAUCUGGAAAACCUUUACGACAAUUCAUUUAUUCAUUAGAUCUUGCCAGAUUAUUUGUUUGGGUCUUAAGGAAUUAUAAUGAUGUCGAACCCAUCAUCUUAUCAGUGGAUGAGAAAGAUGAAAUAACAAUUCGGUUAUUAGCUGAAAUGAUUGCAAAAUCAUUUAAUUUCCAGGGAAUUUUAGAAUUUGACACUAGUGCUGCUGAUGGUCAGAUCAAAAAAACUGCUAGUAAUGAAAAACUUAGAAAAUUGUUACCAGAUUUUAAAUUUACCAGUUUAGAAACAGCUAUAGCUGACACUGUUGAAUGGUUCAAAAAAAAUAAUAAACAAGCACGACUGGUGGCACCAUAAAGAAAAUGAUUAAUUUAAAAAUAUGUUUUUAUUUAUGUAAGAAAUCUAAAUUUAUCUUGAAUUUUAUUUUUGUUAUAA